CAUAUAAAGGAUGAGGUUUUUAAUAAGUAAACUUUAUAAGUAUAUUGAGUUUCAUUGUGAUAUUAAUACAAUUUUUUUCAUUGUGAUAUAUUUACAAGAAUAAUAAAUUGGGUCAAAUACAUUUAAUACAAUUUAACGGAUAACUAUUUUUGUACAUGAAAGUUACGUACAUGUUUAACAGCAUGGAUUUAAAGGACUAUCAUGACUAUCGAAUGGCUGAAAGUAUAGAAAUGAUAUAUCCUCCAAUUUUAAUCAUCUUUGGAUUGACCGGAAACAUUGCUUCUUUGAUAAUUCUAGCACAGGUGAAACACAGGAAGACUUCAACUGGUGUAAUGUUGAUAUUUCUUACUUUUACUGACAGUCUGAUUCUUGUCUUCGUUGUGUUUGUGAAAUGGUUGCAGUCUGUAUUUGAAGUAGACAUUCGGAGCUUUUCUAGCGUAACAUGUAAAGUUCAUGUGUAUUUGACUUACUUUUUACUGCAGCUAUCACCUUGGAUUUUAGUUAUUUUAACGGCUGAACGUAUCUGUAGCGUACUAUACAUUCAUAAGGUCAGGCGUAUAUUUACGAGAAGAAAUGUUUUGAUUUUAUCAUUGCUGUGUGUUGUAUGCCUAGCCUGUUUGAACAGUCAUAUUCUUUAUGGAUUUACACUAGAUUAUGAUCUGUCAUUCAACAAAACAAGCUGUCAAGUAGCAAAAAAUGAAAUUUAUUAUUUCAUGUUUAAAAUUUGGCCAUGGAUUGAUUUCCUUUUCGCAUUUGCGAUUCCAUUCUGCGUCUUACUCUGUGGGAAUAUAAUUGUGCUAAGGAAAAUUAAAGAAAGUGAACACUUUAGAAAAUCCUGUACAUUACAACAAUCUUUUUACCGGCCAAGGAGAAGAAAGUCCAGUACAAUCACAAAUAGGGUUUCAUACUUUACGAAAGUAGCGAUUUUUCUCAGUGGGACUUUUAUUGUGUGUGUUUCCCCUUUCACGAUUUUCGCCAUUGGCCAGCCUUACUGGUUCCCAGAGGAAACUAUGACGUCACGGCGGCAUGCAAGACUUGAAUUCAUAGGAACUGUAAUGCAUUUAUUAAUGUAUACAAACAACGCAAUUAACUUUGUUCUUUACAUACUGUGUAGCUCAAAGUUUUGGGUAGAUUUCAACUGCUUAUGCUGUAAAGGUACUAACUUACUCAAAAAAGUAGAAAGCCUAGCUAAGAAUGGGUAGAAUACAUUUUCUUUCAACCCAAGUCUUCUGAACCAUUCGAAAUGCUUUAAAAUGUAUUUUGCUCAUAGCGAAAAUAUUUUCUAAUGAUGAUGUAACAAGAGCACUGGACAGUUGGAGCGAUAUAGGUACGCUCGAAUUUUAUGAAAAGAAAUCUUUCAGGGAAGAUACCCAGUUAUGAAGUUUGUUACAAACUAUCUUAAUAACGGUAAAGUAUUAUGUCACAUAUGUUUUUAAGUUUUUUUGUUUUUUUUAAUUAUGGUUAUUUCGAAAAAAAUAUUGUGAAAAAAAAUUCAAUUGGCCUUUGCCGCUUUUCCUCAUUUAUAUCUUAUUUUUUAUACACGUUCAGCAUGGUGUUGUGUUAGUGUCAUUCCAACAGCUGUUGUUAUUGCAAAAUAAAAUUACAAAAUGUUAUACAUGUAGUGUUACAUAAAAUAUUUGAAACAGUAUGCCUCCAGAAUCCAGAUUCAUGUUAAUUUCAGUGAACAUUUUUAAAAAGAAGGUAAUUAACACAUUGCAAACAACACUUACAAUGUAGGAAAAUUGAAAAAAAAAAACAACAA